CGAGGCUUGUAGGUCCCGCUGGCGAGUAACGUCCUAAUAGUUAGAGUGAUCCGGCGGUGUGUUGUUUUCCACAAAAUUCAACUUCCACAAAGGAAUUCACGACUGCCAGCGGUAACACGACGCGGGUAGACGUUGACCUCCAUCUUCGGUCGAUACUUGUCCUUCAGCUGUGUCGUAUUUGACAGCCAGAGUUGGAGGUAAGAUCGACACAGCUCUGACAGUUGGGAGAUAUCGUUAUUAGCUAACAGGAGCUAACUUCUCCCUACAUAUCAGCUGCCUCAGCGCUGUAUGUGCGGCAAUAACAUGUCAGCGCCUUUACCUGCCAUUGUGCCUGCUGCCCGGAAAGCCACUGCAGCGGUUAUAUUUCUGCAUGGCCUCGGUGAUACUGGGCAUGGCUGGGCAGAAGCCUUUGCAGGCAUCAGGAUACCACAUGUGAAAUACAUCUGUCCUCAUGCUCCCACCAUGCCUGUUUCUUUGAACAUGAGAAUGUCCAUGCCUUCUUGGUUUGAUAUCUAUGGGUUGAGCCCUGAUGCAGAUGAAGAUGAAACUGGUAUUAAAAGAGCAUCAGAGAACAUUAAAGCCUUGAUAGAACAAGAAGUGAAGAAUGGAAUACCUUCGCAUAGAAUUAUCCUGGGGGGAUUUUCACAGGGUGGAGCAUUGUCUCUCUACACGGCUCUGACAACUCAGCAGAAACUUGCUGGAGUGGUCGCUCUGAGCUGCUGGCUUCCUCUCCGCAAAUCUUUCCCUCAGGCGUCUGCCAACAGUGUUAACAAGGACAUGCAUGUCCUACAAUGCCACGGGGAUGCCGACCCCCUGGUCCCCUUUGUGUUUGGCAGCCAGACAGCAGAGAAGAUGAAAAGUCUCAUCAAUCCUGCCAAUGUCACCUUCAAGUCAUAUCGAGGUCUACCUCACAGCAGCUGUCCAGAGGAAAUGGUGGAUAUGAAACGGUUCAUAGAGAAACAGCUUCCUCCCAUCAGUGAUGAAUGAACUCUGGAUUAUAUGUACAACCACACAGCACCAUCAGAGUCCUCAGGGACUGACUCCAGUAUUGACUCCAUGGACCCGAGGAACCACUGACUUACUUGACAAUAAAACCACGCUGCUAUUCAUAGAGCCAGACAGGACUGGGGGUGCUACACGUUAGCCCAGGAGAGGCAUGACUGAAACGAUGCUGCAUCCUGACCUGGAGCCACACAUGAUCCUCAGUGUUACAGUAGAGUAACAGUAGUUGCUUGAUUGUAAAGCUACUUUGCCAUUGAGAUGAGCCAUUACCUGCGGGAAGCGUAUGUAUUGGAACUAGAAUGGCACUCAGUAGAGCGCAUACCUCCGCCAAGGCUAAACAACCCUACACGCCUGUCUAGCUCUUGUAAUAGAAAAAUAAAAGGUAAAAGGAAGUAAUCUGAGAGCAGAAUGCAGAUUCAGUAUUAUCUUCAGAUCCAGAUUAUUAUCCAGAUCUGCACCAAAUUGUACAAACUCAAGAUCAAAACAUUUACUAAGAAAUUGCCAAAAAUGGCAAAACAUCUUAAUACGCCCCUUGAACCGGAACGGCAACGAUAUUUAAUGGGUUCUUGGUUCCUGGUCCAUGCCUCAUCCCUCCACCAAGCGUGGUGCAAAUCGUUUCAGUGGUUUCUGCCUAAUCCUGUUGACAAACAAACAAAAGAACAAACACACACAGGUCAAAACACAACCUCCUUGGCGGAGGUAAUAAAUAGGGCUAUACUUUAUGGUUUAAUACUUACUCUUACAAUAAAUGGCCUGUUGUUAAA